UUUAAGUGAGAAGCGCACACGCUCUGCCGGCCAAAAACAUCAAGGCCACUCAAAAGAAUUUGCUGCUUUCUGAAGCUUGAAGCUCCUUACUUCUCCAAGUUAUGGAGGGCAACAAAGGCACGGUGUGUGUGACAGGUGGUACCGGCUUCAUAGCUUCAUGGCUCAUCAUGCGGCUCCUCGAACACGGCUACUCGGUCCGGACCACCGUCAGACCCGACCCGGAUGGCAGAAGAGACAUCAGUUUCCUGAAAAACCUACCAGGAGCAUCAGAAAGGCUCCGAAUCCUCACCGCCGACCUCAGCGACCCAGAGAGUUUCGACCCAGCCAUCCAAGACUGUGUCGGGGUCUUCCACGUCGCCACCCCGGUGGACUUCGAGGACAGAGAGCCAGAGCCAGUCGUCACCAAAAGAUCCAUCGACGGAGCGUUAGGCAUCCUGAGGGCCUGCCUGAACUCCAAGACGGUGAAGCGGGUCGUGUACACUUCGAGUGCAUCCGCAGUUCAGCUCUACAACUCUAGGGCUGAAAUACUGGAUGAGGACUCUUGGAGCGAUGUCAAGUCCCUCCGAGAAAUGACGAGGUUCGGAGCUUCGUACGCGAUCUCGAAGACAUUGACUGAGAAGGCGGUUCUCGAGUUCGGAGAGAGGCAUGGACUGGAAGUGGUGACGGUGGUUCCCCCGUUUGUUCUCGGGCCCUUCAUUUGCCCCAAGUUCCCCGGAUCCGUUCGGACUUCGCUGGCUUUGGUAUUAGGCAAUGAGAACGAGUACCCUAUUCUUCUUGAUAUAUCUUUCGUUCAUGUGGACGAUGUAGUGAGAGCACACAUCUUCCUCUUCGAGCAUCCCGACUUCAAGGGGCGGUACAUAUGUUCCUCAGCCAGGAUGACCAUCGAAGAGAUGUCCAAGUUUCUCUCUGAAAGAUACCCGGAGUGUCAGAUGCCCUCUCCCGAGUCCUUGAAGGAACUGAAAGGCCCCAGAUUUGCCGGCCUUUCGUCUAGGAAGCUGUUGGACACUGGCUUCGAGUUUAAGUAUGGGAUCGAGGACAUGUUCGACGGAGCCAUCCAAUGCUGCAAAGAAAAGGGCUAUCUCUAGAUCAACUGAAGCUGUUCAAUGCAUAUGACGGAAUAUGGUACAUCGGGCCAACCAUAGUAAUGCUCAAAGUACUAAAGCGCUGGCUUGACGCCGCAUGAUCGUGCGACCUAUUUCUUUUCCGACCUGAGCCGUGUUCGU